AUGCACGAGGAAAAGAGAAAAACCGAGGAAGUUUACUGCAUCGAUGCGCAGAAAGAGCUGAACAUGCUGAUUUCUGGGGGAGGAGACGAUGCAGUGACCUUCUACGCCUUCAACGGGGAGGAGUACGUCAUUGACGAGGUGAUUGAGGGAUUUGAGGACUCCGUUAUAAUGGCGAAAUUUAUCACGGAAAGCAAGGCUGUAGCUGUUUCCAUGGAUGGAACAAUUGCUGAGAUACGCAUAACCCGGGAGAGUGGCAGGUUCUCGAAGGAAGUGCGGACCUUCGAGAUGCAGGCGGAUGUCACCCGAGCAGUUCUCUCGGGGGAGGGAAAAAUGAUUUUUCUGGGGACGUCUGAGGGCCUUAUAGAAGCAGUUUCCGUGCCUGAAAAUGGGACGAUAGAAAGAGCAGGGAUUCUCUACGCAGGACACUCCUCCGGAAUUUUGGAGAUAGUUGAGACGAAAUCGCACAUUUACACUGCCUCCUGCGAGCAGAUCCUGAUCUUCGACAGGGACGGAAGAGUCUCUGCGAAGUAUCGGCCAGAGAAAGGGCGUGAGAUACGCGUGAUGCAGGUAAACACUUCGGGAAAGUCCGUUGCUGUGGGAUACGGGGAUGGAGGCGUGGAAAUUCUCUCCUUCUCCAGCUCGCAGGGAAGCCUAGUGAGCGUAUACGAGAAUAAGUCCGCGGGGAGAGAGUCCGUGGAGUCCAUGGCCUUCGCAGAGGAGACUCUCCUGUGCGGGGACUUUACGUCUACGCUGAGCAUAAUAGACACGAAGUACAAGCGAGAGAGAAGGCGCCGGGUGAUGGAGGAGGAUUCCUGCAUCGUAAGGAUAAUCGCAGUAUCUGCAGCAGUUGCAGUUGCUGUUGCAAAUACGGGGAAAGUCUCUGUUGUUUCCCUGCACGCGGAUAACAAAAUUCUUGCUGAAUAUUCACUGCAUACGAUUACGCUGGACGCCCUUCUAUUCAACAGGCAUAUUUGCGCUGCAACUGUCCAGGGCGUGGAGUUUCUCCCUCUGAGUGGGUGA